ACCCAGAAAGGCUAUGAGAAAAAAAGGUCCAUGCUGAUUGGAGCCUUUUUGGCACAAGGCCCAGGUAAGCAGUAUUAUUUUCCGGAGAGACGACCGCCGGCAGCACCGUCCUCGGCGGCACGAUUUCGCCGAAGACGCUUAUCCGGGUCCAGGGACGAGCGGUACCGCUCAGACAUUCACAGCGAGGCAGUGCAAGCGGCGUUAGCCAAACACAGAGAGAGAAAGAUGGCCGUCCCCAUGCCGUCCAAGCGCCGCUCGCUGGUGGCACGCAACUCCGCUGAGGCGUACACGCCGCCAGAUACCUCCUCAGCCUCUGAGGGUGAGGAUGGUGAAGGUGGCGCUGGCGAGGACGUGGAAGGAAAUGACGACGGUGGAACUUCCUCGCACCACGCCAUCCACCUCACGUCAUCCAACACUAACUCGUCCACUGCGUCCUCAUCCUCGUCCGGUGAUAGCGGGGCGGUGGCCCACGGGCGCUUUGCCAAGGUUCUGGCCCAGCACGUCCACAUCUCUGCUCACCGGCGCCACCUAAACAUGAACCAGCAGCACCUCAGCAGCGAGAUCCACUCGGCACCCCCGGACGUUACGGGUUAUGGCGACCGCUCGUCGGUUGCCGACAGGCUCCGGGCGGAGAAAGCAGUGGGUGGGGCCCCAAAACAGACGCCCAAGUACGGUAACGCCGAGCUGAUGGAGACCGGAGACGGCGUUCCAGUCAGCAGCCGUGUUUCGGCCAAGAUUCAGCAGCUGGUCAACACGCUGAAAAGACCCAAGAGGCCGCCGCUUCGAGAGUUUUUUGUCGACGACUUUGAAGAAAUGCUGGAGGCGCCGCAGCCCGACCCCAACCUGCCCAAGGCCGAGGGACCCCAAAUGGUGCCCGCCCACGGGGAGGAUCUGGGCGUGGUUGACAACUGCCCGCCCUGUCUGGAGGCGGCCCUGCAGAGGUGGGCCACAGUCUCCCCCAAGGCCCCCUGCCUCACUACCGCCGACGUCAAUGGGAAGACCCUCCACCAGCUCACCUACGGCAAACUGUGGUCGCAGAGCGUGAAGGUGGCCUACAACUUGUCGCACAAGCUUGGAACCAAACAAGAACCUCUCAUCAGACCUGGAGACAGAGUGGCGCUGGUGUUCCCCAACAACGACCCGGGUUCCUUCAUGACGGCAUUCUACGGCUGCCUGCUUGCCGACGUGAUCCCCGUCCCCGUGGAGGUUCCGCUCACCAGGAAGGACGCUGGCGGUCAGCAGAUAGGCUUCUUGUUGGGCAGCUGCGGCGUUGGCGUGGCUCUCACCAGCGACCUCUGCCACAAAGGGCUCCCUAAGAGUCCCACGGGGGAGAUACUUCAGUUCAAAGGUUGGCCCAAGCUUUUGUGGAUGGUCACCGAGUCCAAAAACUUGUCCAAACCCCCCCGAGACUGGUUCCCCCGCAUCAAAGACACCGGACAAGACACCGCCUACAUUGAGUACAAGACGUGCAAAGACGGCGGCGUCCUGGGCGUGACGGUGACGCGAGCCGCCAUGUUGGCUCACUGUCAGGCCCUCACGCAGGCCUGCGCCUACACCCAAGCUGAGACCCUGGUUAACGUUCUGGACUUCAAGAAAGACGUCGGACUGUGGCACGCCGUCCUCACUAGCGUGAUGAACAUGAUGCAUGUGGUGAGCGUUCCGUACGCCCUCAUGAAGGUCAACCCGCUGUCGUGGAUCCAGAAAGUGUGUCAGUUCAAAGCCAAGGUGGCGUGCGUCAAGUCCCGCGACAUGCACUGGGCUCUGGUGGCGCAUCGUGACCAGCGUGACAUCAACUUAGCGUCUUUGAGGAUGCUGCUGGUCGCCGACGGCGCCAAUCCCUGGUCCAUCUCGUCCUGCGACGCCUUCCUCAACGUCUUCCACACCAAAGGUUUGAAGUCGGACGUUAUUUGUCCCUGCGCCAGCUCGCCCGAGGCGCUCACUGUCGCCAUUAGGAGGCCCGCCAAGGACGGAAGCGUCGCGCCAGCUCGCGGUGUUUUGUCCAUGCACAGUUUGAGUUACGGCGUCAUCCGACUGGACUCAGAGGAGAAACUCUCGGUGCUCACGAUGCAAGACGUCGGCGGUGUCAUGCCAGGAGCCGUGAUGUGCGUGGUGAAGACGGACGGCGUCCCGCAGCUGUGCAAAACGGACGAAGUGGGCGAGUUGUGCGUCUGCACGGUCGCCACGGGGACGUCCUACUACGGCCUCAGCGGAAUGACCAAGAACACCUUCGAGGUGGUGCCCGUCGACGUCGCCGGCGCCGCCGUGGGCGAGUUACCUUUCACGAGGACGGGACUGCUGGGCUUCGUCGGCGCCGGCGGUCUAGUGUACGUGGCGGGCAAGGCGGACGGCUUGAUGGUAGUCGGCGGGCGGCAACACAACGCCGACGACAUCGUGGCCACGGCGCUGGCCGUCGAGCCCGUCAAGUUCGUCUACAGGGGACGAAUAGCGGUGUUCUCCAUCGAGGUCCUGCAUGACGAGAGGAUCGUGGUGGUCGCCGAGCAGCGUCCCGACUCCUCUGAGGAGGACAGCUUCCAGUGGAUGAGCCGUGUACUGCAGGCCAUCGACGGCAUCCACCAGGUGGGCGUGUACUGUUUAGUUCUGGUUCCAGCCAACACGCUUCCCAAGACCCCUCUGGGUGGCAUCCAUCUGUGUGAGACUAAGCAGCUCUUCCUGGAGGGGGCGCUGCACCCCUGCAACGUCCUUAUGUGCCCACACACCUGUGUCACCAACCUGCCCAAACCUAGGCAGAAACAACCAGAGAUUGGCCCCGCCUCCGUGAUGGUGGGAAAUCUGGUUUCCGGCAAGAGGAUUGCUCAGGCCAGCGGGAGAGAGCUGACGCAGGUCGAAGACAAUCAUCAGGUGUGCGUUCGUUCGUUCUUGCUGUUCCUGUCUGAAGUGUUGCAGUGGCGAGCGCAAAGCACGCCGGAACAUGUGCUCUACACGCUACUAAACUCACGGGGUACGACGGCCAGCUCGCUGACGUGCUCGCAGCUCCACAAGAGAGCCGAGAAGGUGGCGGCCAUGUUGGCCGAACGCGGCGGCAUUCGGGUCGGGGAUCACGUGGCGCUGCUCUACCCUCCAGGCACGGAGCUGAUCGUGUCGUUUUACGGCUGUUUGUACGCCGGUCGCGUUCCCGUCACCGUGCGUCCGCCUCACCCGCACAACAUCGCCAGCACGCUGCCCACCGUCAAGAUGAUCGUCGAGGUGAGUCGAUCAGCCUGCGUGCUGACCACGCAGGCCAUCUCAAAGCUGCUCAGGUCCAAAGAGGCGUCGGCCGCCGUGGACGUGCGCACCUGGCCGCUCGUCCUGGAUACGGACGAUUUGCCCAAGAAGAAAGCGCCCGGGUUGUACAAACCUUCCGAUCCUGACACGUUAGCCUACCUGGACUUUAGCGUGACCACCACCGGCAUGCUAGCUGGAGUCCAAAUGUCUCACGCGGCCACCGGCGCCAUGUGUCGCUCCAUCAAGCUUCAGUGCGAGCUGUACCCGUCCCGAGAGGUGGCCGUCUGCCUCGACCCUUACUGCGGUCUGGGCUUCGUCCUCUGGUGCCUUUGCAGCGUGCACUCGGGCCACCGCUCCAUCUUGAUUCCGCCCUCGGAACUGGAGAGCAACGCGUCGCUGUGGCUGUGGGCCGUCAGUCACCACAAGGUCCGGGACACCUUCUGCUCGUACGGCGUGAUGGAAAUCAGCACCAACGGGCUGGGCCAGCAGACGGACGCGCUCAAGAGUCGCGGCGUGGAGCUGUCGAGGGUGCGGACGUGCGUGGUGGUGGCGGAGGAGCGGCCGCGGACGUGCCUGACUCAAUCCUUCUCCAAACUCUUCAAGGACCUGGGCCUUCACUCGCGAGCCGUCAGCACCGCCUUCGGGUGCAGAGCCAACAUGGCCGUCUGCCUGCAGGGAACAUCCAGUCCCGACCCGACCACCGUCUUCGUAGACAUGAGGGCGUUGCGCCACGACAGGGUGCGACUAGUGGAGAGAGGGUCACCCCACAGUUUGCCCCUUAUGGAGUCUGGCAAGAUCCUUCCCGGCGUUAGGAUCAUCAUCGCUAACCCGGAGACCAAGGGACCAAUGGGAGAGUCCCACCUGGGCGAGAUUUGGGUGGAGAGCGCCCACAACUCGAGUGGUACCUACGGAGACGACGAGGACGAAGAAGGCCGGCGUUCGGCGGCGCGCUUGAGCUUCGGAGACACGCAGACGCUUUGGGCGCGCACGGGCUACCUGGGAUUCCUUCGGCGGACACUGCUCAAGGACGCCAACGGAGAGCGUCACGACGCGCUGUACGUGGUUGGUGCCUUGGAGGAAGCCAUGGAGCUUCGGGGGAUGCGCUACCACCCCGGCGACAUCGAGACGUCAGUCAUAAGGACGCACAAGAGCAUUGCUCAGUGCGCGGUGUUCUCGUGGAGCAACCUGCUGGUGGCGGUGGUGGAGCUGUCAGCGUCAGAGCGCGAGGCGCUGGACGUGGUGGCGCUGGUGACCAACGCCGUGCUGGAGGAGCACUUCCUGAUCGUGGGUGUGGUGGUGGUGGCUGACGUGGGCGCGGUGCCCAUCAACUCGCGCGGUCAGAAGCAGCGCACGCACCUGCGCGACGGCUUCCUGGCUGAUCGUUUGGACCCCGUUUACGUGGCCUACAACAUGUAG